AUGAGCAAAGCUGUCGAGCAGGCCCUUACUGGCCUGAUACCAUCAUGGAACAGUUCAUUGCCGUCAGAGCUCGUCGACAGCGCCGUUUCCCUUCUCGCUCAAUCCAGAAACAAAGCCAGCAGUCUCAAGCCAGACGAAGAGAUUGCGAGGACUUAUGCAUGUGCAAACCUAGCAUGUGAGAGGCUCAAGCAACGCCUCAACCUCCCCCAGAUCGUUUUGCGACCGCCGGUCCCUCCACGUAUCUACAGGAAGGUCUACAAUUAUUUUGAUACCGCCCUUGCCGUACGCGCGCCGCAGACACCGAGUAAAAGAGGUCGCGGCGCAGAGUCAGCAACAGCCACACCCGUAAAGCGAACGCCGGCCGCUACAUCGUCAAAGGCUACACCACGACACAAAGCACUUCCAGCGAAGCGCAAUGAAGACGCAAACCGCGAGGACGCCCCGGAGUGGGUCAUGCCUAUGAUCAGACAAGUGUGCAAGGGUUUAGAGGCACCGGCGGCGCCGCCGCAUGUAUACGCUGGCGUCUGCUCCGUCCUUAAAUUGCAGAACGGUACGACGCCAAGCCGUACUAGGACGCGCCGCACUUCCGGAUCGACUGCAUCUGCAGAAGCGGUUACUGAAUCUCAAAUACCAGCACUUAUUGUGGCAUUGUUAGUCUGCACCAUGAUUCGACUAUCUGGAAACACAACAACUGGUGACGAAAACGAGCAGAGAAAAUCAAAAGCUGUUUCGAUACUGCAGGAAAACGACAUCUGCAAAGACCAGGCAGAAGACGAUUUAGAGGAACUUAUUGAACAUUUCCUGGGGGUGGCAACAAAAGGCUGGCUGGAGCUGGAAUGGUUUCAAAACAUCGUCCAGGGCUCUGGGCUGGACAACAGCAUUCAUACCAACGGCAGCGAAGAGGAAGUGGGCGAGAGCAAUGUGGAAAGUUCUCGACCGAGCCGCCCAGCAACUACCACCCCGAAGAGGAGGCGGGCGGCAUCACAAACCCUCAAGAGUAAGCCUGUUCUGAUGCAAAGCGGGCUAGGCACCAUGUUCCAGGAAAAAGUGGACUAUCUGAGCGAUACAAGACGGCUGGACUUCUUGGACUGGAAGGAACAUAUUAUGGCCCGUAUCGAGCAAAUCGAAGAGCAGCAACGGGCCAACGGCUCUGCGAUGGACGUCUCGGCCGGAUGAUGAGGGCAAAGAGACCCG